AUGGAGGCUCUUUCCCCACGCUCGACAAACCAGAUGAUCCGGCCCAAACCUAUUCCCGAGCGCAAAAUGACCGAUAAGAAUGCCGCGGCUGGUCCCGUGCAGAAAUCCUCGUCUUCCAAGAACCAUGCCGACCCACCUCCAUCUUUCGUACCGGAGCCAGAGGAGGGUGGAGAGCGAUACUCGAUCGGCGGAUUUUUGGGUAAAGGAGGGUUUGCUGUUUGCUACGAAGGGACACUCGCUCGGAAUGGUCGACUGUUCGCUAUGAAAGUAGUCAAGUCACAAAUGCCCCAGAAAAAGAUGGAGGAGAAGUUCCGAACAGAACUUCAAAUUCAUUCCAAAAUGCGCCAUCCCUUCAUCGUCCAAUUCUACCGAGCCUUCGCAUUCGAGCAAAGCACCUAUGUCGUUCUAGAGCUAUGUCCGAACGGAUCAGUAAUGGAUAUGGUAAAGAAACGACGGUCCCUUACCCUACCCGAAGUACGACGAUUCAUGAUUCAGCUUUGCGCUGCCGUCAAAUACCUCCACAAAAGAUUUGUCGCUCACCGUGACUUGAAAAUGGGGAACCUGUUCCUUGACCACAACAUGAACAUCAAAGUUGGAGAUUUCGGACUAGCGGCAAUGAUUCUGUCAGAUAAAGACGCAAAGCGUCGAAACACACUAUGCGGUACACCCAACUAUAUUGCACCGGAGAUCCUCGAUAAGAGCAAAGGUGGACAUACCCAGAAAGUCGACAUUUGGUCCUUGGGUGAGGAGAUCUAUAAGAAAGUGCGGAGUUUGGCAUACGUCUGGCCAAAGGAAUCAGACCAUUCGAACUUUAUCCCCGAGGAGGCCAAGGACUUGGUUAGCGCUUGCUUGAACCUGGUGGACGAGGAACGCCCCGACCCCGACGAUAUUGUCGAGCAUCCAUUCUUCGAUAUGUAUGACGGUUGCAUUCCCCGCCAACUUGACCCGUCAUGCCGUUUCAACAAGCCGGUCUGGCUUAAGGACCAAGCGCCGCUUGGAGACUCUAUGAUGAAUGGAUAUGGCUUGGACUCCGAUGAGAAGCUACGAUCAUAUGUAUACCAAGUUGAUGAUCCCACUCAAAGAUACCAUUCUUGCAAGGCGGCUUUCUACUCACUAUGUGGAGUCGGGCGAAAGCCUGACGGAACACCGCGCAAGUCUGUUGGUCGCAACUGCUCGAAAUCAGCGUAUUCCGAAUGUGAGGCUGAGGACGCCCGCGGCUUACGACCAGCCGUUCCCUUGCCAAUGGACUUUGUAUACCAGUGGCCACAUGACUUGGAAGGGGAUUGGUGUCUAGUGGAAGCCGCUCGGAGACCAAUCCGUGCGGAGAACCCCGGCCUUGACAACAGUACUCUAUCUCAGCGCAGUACGGCCUCAAUUCGCAGCAACAGUACUGUCGCAACAUCGAGAACCAAUGUGGCACUCGCUGCCGCGCAUCAGCGCAGACUGGAAACCCAAAAUCACGCCGCUACGCUUCGCCAACAAAUUCGACCUGGGAAUCGAACCGUUAGACAUAUCCCAUCGGUCGAUGUACUUUCUGAGGCAGCAAGUAGACCUUACCGUGACAUGGAGGCCGAGCCAGUACCAGCACCGGCACCGGCACCGGUACCAGCAUUAGAAAAUGUGCCGGUUCUUGAAAAGGAGCCAUCUGCUGGUGGACUAGCAGAGCGUCCGAUUCGUACGCGGAGGAUGGCCUCGGCGUCUAACGCCCCGACCUUGCGUGAGACGGAAAGGGGUGCGGCUGUUCCCCAACUUUCCAAGUCUACCAGUAUGCCAUCUGGACUGACUAUCGGUAAAACCCGAUCCCAGUCGCGCCGGAUGGCCACUGGAGAGGCGGUUAAUUACCCCCCCCGCGCCGACAACACAACAAAAACUGGCGGCACUACCGGAAGAGCGUCGAGCUGUCAGUCGCUCGACGACGUUGAGAUCCACAUCUAG